AUGCCUCCGACCUUGUCGAGGCAUUCCACUCUCAGUAUCCAGACAAGCCUGGACCCAACACUCCUUAGGAAUCCCAACCCCUCUCCCAUUUCUCCUUUCUCCCAACUCCUCAUUCCCAUUUGGAUUUUUUCUGUAACUACAGCUCCCCUCACCUUACUAAUUCUGGGCCUUCAAGGGUUCAGGCCUAAGAAAGGGAUAUUGUCAUAUCCAUCCACAGUCACCACCUUCCAUCACCUCCAGCCAUCCCAGAUUGCCUCUGCUCCUUCAUCUCCAACCUCAGAGCCUCUGGAUUCCGCAAUCCCCUCUGACUCCCCUGAUGGUCACCACCCACUCAUUUCAAUAUAUUACCUACACCUCCCUAACUGUCAUAUCCAUACAAUCCCGACCUCCACUCCAGGCUCCCGGAACUCCGAAACUGACUCUGGAGCCCUACUUCCCUUCCAUCACCUUCUCCUUGCCAACUCCCAAGAGGUUAUCCCACCUCCAGCUCUGACACCACCUUUGGUCCGACUCCGGAACAUUCUGGGUCCGACCUCAACCUCGACACCUUCCAGACAAGCACGCAACACCUAUGCUCCCAACUCCGGACCUCCACUCCAGAAUCCCGUUCACAUCUCCAUCUCCGGAACCUCCGGUCUUAGCUCCAACCUCGGACUUUGA